AUGUAUGGACCGGACACCAACGAGCUAGCAGUGGUGACCAACGUGCAGGGUCAAGACAAAAAACCACUCUUCAGGUUGGGUGGCUCUCACGGUGACAUGUGGAGAUUGGCUGAAAUUCAGUUUCAGAACCCUUCGAACGAACCUACUAAGGUCGUGUUUAUAGGAUAUGCGAGUAAAACGGCCUUCGUUGAGAUCUCUCUGGAUGACGUUAGCUUGAUUAUGGGUCAUUGCCCACCAACGAGCUUGUGUGACUUCCAGUUGGACACCUGUAGUUUCACUAACGAUGCUACGGCAGAUUUCAACUGGCAGCGGUCCAAGGGUCAGUCGAUAGCAUCAGGUGUUGGACCUCCCUAUGACCACACAUACGGCACGGAAUUCGGUUACUACAUGUACAUCGACGCCUCUAAGCAGACAGACGGCCAGAAGGCGCGCUUACAAACCGAUAGGCGGCUACCAACUCUGGGCACGUGCGUGCAAUUCUGGUACCGCAUGAAUGGAACCAUCGUUGGUCACCUGAAUGUCUAUGUUGCUAAAGGACUCUCAGCGUCGUGUGAUUUCGAAUCGGACAAGUGCCUAUGGAUAGAUUACGAGAGGGCCGAUUUCUCGUGGAUCCGCCACAGUGGAAGUUCGAAUCAGUUUGGCACAGGUCCCUCCACCGAUCACACGCUGGGAACUAACACAGGUGGUCUACGUGUGUUGCGGACGCGCCUGGUGACGGAUGAGAAAUCUAUCGUGUGGGAAGCGUGGGGUGAUAAAGGAAACCAGUGGAACUUCGCUAACAUCACAAUCAACACGGCCUCUUCUGCAGCUGAGAUCAUGAUCGAAGGCCUAAAGGGUAGCGGCAACUUAGGAGACAUCGCCAUUGAUGAUUUGCUUACAACGUCGGGCUCAUGCCAUUCGGGUACGGGACAGGUGACUUUUAAUUGUAACAAUCAAGCUAGAUUGACAAUUCCUUCCGAGAAAGUGUGCGACUUCAUAGAGGACUGUCCUAAUGGAGCAGAUGAAUCAAACUGCGGUCAGUGCAAUUUCGAACGAGACAGCUGUAGCUGGACAUCGACAAGUACGUAUACACUACAGUGGGUCAGAGACAAAGAUGGAGGCGACAUCAGCACAGAUAAGGGUCCGCCCGUCGACCACACGCUAGGAACGAUAAAUGGUUGGUAUAUGACAGUAGAACCAGCAGCCUCUACACACUGGUCGCUUAUCACUCUCACCGGUCGUCAGCUGAAGCCUGCAAGUCCUACAUGUACCGUCAGCUUCUGGUACUGGAUGAACUCUAAUCACACCUCGUACUCACCUUCUCUAAAAAUGGAGCUAGGACACCAUGAAAGCUCCACAUUGAGUCCCAUAUACCAGGUAUAUGGAAACCUUGGCAAUAAGUGGCAGAAGGCAACAGUAUACGUCGGCCAGGUGGAGAGCGACUUCUAUCUGCAAUUCAGCGUGAACAAGCCCACGAUUGAUGACGUGGUGAGUCAGAUAGGCAUUGAUGAUAUCACGAUGGAUCAUUGUGGAUACCCACCUCCAGAACCUACGUGCAGUGCUGACAAAUUUCACUGUACCAGUAGAGCAUGCGUGCCGCUGAACUGGCGAUGUGACUACUCAGAUGACUGCGGAGACGGCUCUGACGAACUCAACUGCUAUGAUUACGAGAUCAAGACAAACCUAGAGACGGACAUAUGGCCGUUUACGCUCAGCACGGAGAGCGCGUUGUAUUGGCGACACGUCAAUAGCAUCUACUAUAGUAUGCAAGGAUAUUACAUGCGCUUUCAACCAUCGCAAGGCGCGGCAGGCGACGUCGCUUGGUUUCAUUCGGAAUCUUUUAAAACGACGACCUCUGGAGACUGCAAGAUUAUUUUUGAAGGCGUGCUAGGCAACGAAACCAAUGGCGUGGCAGCCAUUGACGACGUUUCCUUCACACCGGACUGCAAACUAUCCGACACUAGCAUAGUGAACGGAACCACGCCGGCUCCCACUCCAACGCCCUGCCCCGGCAAACAGUUCAUGUGUGUAGGCGACACGUCUUGUAUCCCACGGGAGAAAGUGUGUAACUUCAUCAGCGACUGUGCCGAUGCUUCCGACGAAGACGAAUGCGGUGCGUGUACGUUUGAAAGUGGAUAUUGCGGAUGGUCGGACUUCAGUGGCGGACGCUAUAUCUGGGAGCGAUGGCUAGCAAAGGAUUCACCAGCCAUCAGUGGUCCACCCACCGACCACACCCUCGGUACUGGUGAUGGUCAUUUCAUGAUUGUGGAUGGCAACAACUCGGGAAUCCAGUACACCUACGCGUUCAUGGAAUCCAAACCUCUACAGCAGACGGUAGUGACUUGUAACAUUGAGUUCUACUAUCACAUGAACGGCGCAAGCAGUGCAAGCUCCCUUGUAGCCUUGUGGUUGGCCAACUAUUCUGACUACGGGAUAGCCGAAGAAAUAUUCUACAAAUUUGGAAACCUGGGCAAUGUGUGGAACAAAGAGACCAUCGAACUUGGCAGAGUACCUGCAGGCUACAAUUUUGUGUUUGAAGGGGCCACGUACACUAAUCAUUCCGCCUCGACCGUCAAUCCGGCCGAUAUCGCCAUCGACGAUAUAUCGUUUGUCAACUGCACGCCCGGAAUACAGGACACUAACAUUGACUGUGAUUUCGACGUGAAUUUCUGCGGCUGGUAUCCCGACCGCACGGCCGAUUUCCUGUGGACCCGGCGAACCGGACAGACAUCUUCCGUAGACACUGGACCUGGCAGUGACCACACAACCGGCAAAGGAAAUCAGUGGUGGCUGGCCACUGCUCCUUUCGCGGUCACUGGUUCAUACGAGAUUAUUAUCGAGGGAACUGUCGGCAGUAGCUGGUUCGGAGACAUUUCUUUGGAUGACGUCAUUGUCUUCGAUGGAGGUUGUCCACAUACGAAACAGUGCCAUUUUGAACAAAACUUCUGUGAGUUUACUCACGACAGCACGGCCAAAUUCAAGUGGAAGAGAGGUCAAGGUGGCACGCCACAGCAAGGCACUGGACCCACGUUGGAUCACACUACCAACACGACUACGGGUUACUUUGUGUAUAUUGAUCAAGUGCGGAAUCCCGUCGGGUCUAAGGCCCGCAUGGAGUCGAUGCAGUACGACUACACCCCGGUGGGCGAGUGUCUUGAGUUUUGGUACCACAUGACUGGCAACGUAGCAACGCUGAACGUCUACCUGGAGGAGAACAACGACCGCGGCAACGCACUGUGGACCAGCCUGAAUGGAAACAUGAAGAACAGGUGGUACCACGAGAUGGUCACCAUGAAACCAUCCGCUGCGCCGUUCAAAGUAAGCUCCAUGUGCUGUGUUUGA